CUCCCCGGCACUCACUCACGGCUGCUUCCAUCUAUCCAUGCAGUUCACUUCAUUGUAGUGACUGUGUUCAUCAAUUAAGCCGGUUUUACGCUCACUAGUUGUCUUUUUAGCACUUCCGAGUGGGACUGUAAACCGCGGACUAAAUCGCAGAGAAGUUUUGGGAGCGGGUUGAGCGGAGAGAACCGAAACACAGAUAUGCCCUCAGUGAUGGAGCGCUCGGGGGCCGGGGUCCUGUCCAGGAGCAGAGCCAAGACUGUAACCAACGGCAACAGCCAGCCACACUCUGAGGAAGAGAGCAGCGAUGAAGAGCAUGCUCAUGACAGUAUGAUCCGAGUGGGCGGAGACUACCAAGCUCAAAUCCCAGAGUUCAAACCAGACAGCCCAAACCGCUACAAUGAGAAAGACCAGAGGAGCAUGUUGGUGUGGUGUCCUAACAGUCAACUGUCUGAUGCAAUGUUGGACGAGUACAUCCUGAUGGCUAAAGAAAAACACGGAUACAACAUGGAGCAGGCCUUGGGCAUGUUGUUGUGGCACAAACAUGACGUGGAGCGCUCUCUGGCAGACCUCGCCAACUUCACCCCCUUCCCGGACGAGUGGACAGUUGAGGAUAAAGUGCUGUUUGAACAGGCCUUCAGUUUCCACGGCAAGAGCUUCCACCGCAUUCAACAAAUGCUGCCAGACAAGUUGAUCUCUAGCUUGGUAAAGUACUACUACAGCUGGAAGAAGACCAGAACCAGGACCUCAGUGAUGGACCGACAGGCCAGGAGACUGGUCAGCAAGAGAGAAAAAGAUGACAGUAAUGAAGACCUAGAAGAAGGAGACCCAGGCAGUGACAGUGACUUUGAGAUUGACAACAAGAAAGAGGCAGUGAAACAGAACCCCAGCAGCACCGGCUCUGAAAAGGUCAUCCCCAGUCGAUCUGGGCCGAUAAAGAAGGAGAAUAUUGGAGCUCAGUACCGCCACCACCCACUUAGAGCCCGGCGCAGGCCACCAAAAGGCAUGCACCUGGAACAGGGGGACAUCAUGUCGCUUUCAGCCUCUCAAGAUUCUGGAGUUUUAACAAUACGGCAGCUGGACACACAGUUGGUGUCACUAAAGAGACAAGUUCAGUCUAUUAAACAGAACAACAGUAUUUUGAAACAAAGUCUAAAUGAAGGUGUGGAUGGUCUCAAACCUGCGGAGCCUGCCCCAAAGAUGAACUCUCGUUGGACCACAGAGGAGCAGCUCCUGGCUGUGCAGGCCAUUCGACGUUAUGGUAAAGACUUUGUGGCCAUUGCAGAAGUGAUCGGGACCAAGACACCGGCUCAGGUGAGCUCAUUUUUCGUGAGCUACCGGCGCAGAUUCAACCUGGACGAGGUGCUGAGGGAGUGGGCGGCCGAGCAGGUGGCCACCAACCGAGACCAAAGGGACCACAGGAGGAGUAGCGAGGACAUCACUGCAACUACAGAUGGAGUUCCAGAGAAUGAUGAGGUCAAAAUGGAGGACUCUCCGUCAGAUGCUGCCGGCAGCUCCUCUUCUCCCUCUUCCACCCAGACCCUUUCAUCUCUCUCCCAGCCUCCUCCACUGCUACGUCCCGCGCCUCCCUCGGCUCCACCCAGCCUCCUGCGCCAGCCCCCGCCUCUCCAGACACGCCCACUCCAGAACCGAACGCCCCACAACCACCCUCCGCCUCCACUCAUCCGUCCUGCUGUGACCUCCUCUUCCUCCUCUGGCAGCUCCUCCUCCACUGCAGCAGGGCAGCUGCCUCCAUCACUGGUCGGGCACAAAGUGGAGCAAACCAACUCGCACUGAUAACACACACACACACACACACUGGUAGGAGUAGAGAUACACACAAACAUUAGCAUGCAGACACGCCGUCUCUCUCCUCUCAUUGCUCCUAGCCUUCUUAAGCAUCACAUGACCACAUUAUCAGUUAAAACACUCGGGUCACUGAGGUGACGACACGGCAAGAAGAGUGUAAGGGCCACUGAACUAGUUCACUAUGUGAAGGGGUGAUUAGAGAACCCUUUACUGUAGUGACAGACACCUACCUCCAGACCAUAGCUCUCUAGUGCAACAAACACACACACACACACAAACUAGCUGGGAACUGAAAAUGAACACUACCUACACACACGCCUCCAGGACUAAACAAAGACACACUGGAUCAUCAAGCUGUUGAGAAGCCAUGACCGCCAACAGCUAACCCAGCUGCUCGUCUCCAUGGCAACUGUUGAACAUCUGGAUUGUGGCAGAGUGUAGUAGAUCACACACACAUAACUAUAUUGUUGGUUUUGCUGAACAGGUAUCGUGUAUUCAAAUCACCAUCAGGAAAAAAAAAACUAACAAUAAAUAAAUGAGGGAAAGUGAAGAUGAAUGAAAAAGAGGAAGAGUUGCCCACAUCUGAGCCAAACCUGCUGCUCCUUGUGGUGAUCUCAAACUGGAAAUGAAGAAAUACACCUUUAUUCCCCCUUGUGCUUUAAACCUUGAAGAGCGGGAGAUCUCAGUUCUCCCUCUUCUCAUAGCCAUGUGUGUGACUAGUAUUAACUGGAAUGAUGUUUUUUUUCUUUUCUUUGACUAGACUUUUUAAAAGGUGAGCCCUAGAUAGUUAGUGGCUGUAAGUAGUUUAGAUAGUGCAUACUUUAUUAUUAUUAUAAUUCUGGUGGUAAUUAUUGACUUUUAACAUGUGACUGGACUAUUGACAUUUCAAUAAGACAUUUAGCCACAGCGUGUUUUCACUGGUUUCACUGAUGUUGAAGUCCCGCUGCUUCACAUCAAGGAGGAUUUUCAGUUUUCAGCACAACAAGGCACCAACCUCUGUGUAACAUGUGCGAUGCGACUGACUUUUAAUCUUUUUUUUUUUUCGUUUACGCUGAACUGAAAAAAAACAAAACAAAACUGAAAUGUUCUGCCAAAGUCGUGUUGUUGCUUUAAAAGCAUGUUGUGGUUUCUGUGUCUGCAGCUGUUGAGCCUCAGUGAGGAGUCUGACAUGGGACAAUGUUGGUUUACUGCCCUACAUGUUAGACACAUGGUAGGAAAUCAGGUUAUUUACUUUGCUGUGAGAGUUAAUCAGGUGGAGAGUGACACUGUAUGAAGCGAGCGAACACACACACGCACACACACCCCCAGCCUUGUUCUGUCCAUUUCACAACUGAACAUUUCUUUACUUACACAUUGACGUUUACAUAUUUACACAUUAAGCAGUCACGUUAAUUACAAGUUUCACGGGAGCUGAUAAGAUUUUUUUGCCUUUGGUUUCCAGGCCCUUGGUUUCCAGGCCAGCAGCUGAUGUUAAGCUCAGCUAAACAGACAGAUAUUUUCUCUCUGUGAUGCAAGACGGUAAAAAACAAACUAUUAAUUUAGGUCACUAUUUUCAUAGCACAUCCAAAAAACAUCACUGGCUGCUUAAAAUUGAAUUGUGGAUUAUUUUCAACCAAGAAUGUUGAGGUCAUUCCAAAAGAUGCACUGACGACUGACUAUGUGAAGUGGUUUGAGUGCAGUUAAGGCAGCUUUUUCUGUGGUACUUCAGAGUCUUGUGGAAUAAGUUCCUGCUCUAUUGAGUCAAACCGGUUGAUGAAUUUAGAGGAUGAACUGUCAGGGAAAUGUGAGCUGUGCCACAGAGCAGGUUUCUGCCGCGUUAAUGCUCCAUACUGAUGUUUACUGGUCUGUGUAUUUUUGUUUUUUGCCUCCUGAAGUUGUGGCACCAGACAACGUGAACAGGCAUAGGCGACUUAACAGUGUUUUCCUUGUUGUUAUUGUUUUUUGUCCUGUUGCUGCCUCUUUCUUCCCCUCACGUACCAGUGUAUCACUGCCUUCCUUACAAGCAGAUCUGGGAUCAGACAUCACGAAAACCCUUUGUUUGAACUGUGUUCAGUGCUGCUGCUCUCUCAGUCUCACCUCACAUGAAGCCUUCAGUGUUGACUUUAAUGAGAAGCAGUCUGUUGCUACAUUUGGCUUUAAAGUGGCUCGCCUUUUCAACUUUGCUUGGACUCCUUUGUUUCCAAAACUGCUUGUGUGUACUGUAUGUGAGAAGCUGUUUACAUUGUGGAAACCUUUUUGUUUU